UUCACGCUCAAAUCCACUUUGACGGCUCAUUCGCGUACUCAUUCUGCCAAUGGUAACAAAACUGUGUUGUGUGAGCUUUGCAACGGCCUUUACUCAUGCCGGAACACGCUUCGAAUCCACAUGAGAAUUCACACAGGGGACAAACCCUUCAAGUGUCCGGAGUGUAAUUUGUUCUUCCGGACAACCGGUCACCGACAAUUUCACCUCAAGAGUCACCGCAAAGCUGCCCAGGCAGUCGGUAAACCCGGUGCGAUCCGUACAGUGUCUUCUGCCGCCAACAAGAGGAAAUUAAAAGCUAAGUCGAACAAACAGCGAGUGUCGAACGGAGACAUAGAUUCUGUAGCUCAUCUGGCGAAAGUCAUCGCGAUAUCUGUUGACCUGUCAAAUCAACACAAUUCUUUGGGCGAUCAAAGUGGAUCCCUGGGCAAUUUGACUGUGAAAUUCCACUUAGACGAAGCCGGCAAUGUCCAAUUGCCAACAUUGGACUCGACUACGUUGCUGGACUUGAGGGACUUGAGCGAUCUUUUCCUGACCCAGAGCGAUGGACAGGUCAAAGGGAUCGCAUUGACUCAGGAGAUGAAUUUGUCGCAUCUGUUAACCGUGAGCGAGUCUAACCGGGAGGAGCUGAGCAGGAAUCUUAUGAACUCUGAAUCCGGUUUGCGAGUUUUGACGGGGAACCACGGAGGAACAAUGCUCGUUUCCAGUUCGCAUGCGGAUCAGCACCAUUCUGAAGUAGAGGAGGGAACGCUAUCCUGCUAG